AUGUCCACCAUUGCUGUCCUACAAGGCCGCUUAAAAGAGCUAUCGACAUUUUUAGCUCAGAUUCACCCUCUUGUGUCCCGGUUACGCAACUUCACUACAGCUGUUGGACAAGGCGAUGAAGCCCGGUUAGAAUUAGGGACGGAGAUUCAUAGUCUGCUGAAAGAGGCAGAGGCACAAUUGGAGCUAUUGAAAGUUGAGGUUGAAGCAUUGGAAACUGCUCCGGAAGGCAGACGGAAGGGACAAGACAAUGAGAAGGAGCUAGAGCGGGAGCGGGUUGUUGCGACGGCGGGGAGGUUGGCGGAGGAUUUGAAGAAAAUGAGAGGGGAAUUUCGAAACGCGCAGUUACAAGCGAAACGAAAUGCGGAAAUCGCCAAGCGCAAAGAGAGAGAGUUGUUAUUCUCGAGGUCGCAAAGUGCCGAAAGGAAACAACAGUCGGCUGAGAAGUUAACACAGGAUGACGUUCUGCUCAAUACGUCGAGUGAUGUUACUGCAGCAUUGCGGAGAACACAUCAUCUCAUGCAGUCGGAACUGUCACGAAGCCAAUUUGCACAAGAGACCUUAGAGCAAUCGACUGCUGCGCUUUCAUCACUAUCAGAAUCAUAUACGGACCUUGAUACACUUCUAUCGUCGUCGCGCAACCUUAUUGGUUCGCUGCUGCGCUCACAAAAAUCUGACACCUGGUAUCUUGAAACCGCAUUUUAUAUCCUCAUUGGCACCAUUGUAUGGCUUGUGUUUCGCCGGAUAUUAUAUGGACCUAUGUGGUGGCUUGUAUGGUUGCCAGUCAGGCUAACAGCGAAGUUCAUGUUCACCAUCCUAGGCGCUAUUGGCCUAUCCGGCAAAACUGUUCAACUCUCUCCGUCGGCCGUUCCUAGUGACACACUGGUCGAGAAGACGCCAAUCCCAAGUCUCAAGACCAAAGCGAACGUCCAAUGGGCCGAUGGCCAAGCUAUAUGGGACCAACCCUCGGUUGUUGACACAGAACAAGACCGCCUGAUCGAUCAUAUUGGUAGGAUGGUGGAAGACAAAAAGGAGGAAGCAAUCGAAGAAACCAACAUUGACGACAUAUCACCCGAAGAGCGACAAAGGCAAGCGGAGCUUCCUCGGAACCCAAAGAAGAGGAUGUAUGAGGCUACAGAAAUUGAUUGGGCCCUUCACCUGUCAAACUUGGUGUUCGCUUCUUUGUCGCUUAUAAUGGCUGCGAACUUCUUCAAUAACAAAGCCCGUGCUGCGGCUGCAAUAACAUCAAUCAAUUCGAAACAGAAGCCGACAGAUGGAAAGGAGGAAAAUGCGCGGCAGCAACCAUGGGUUGAAAAAUAUCGUCCGAAGUCUCUAGAUGAUGUCGCAGCACAGGACCAUACAACAAAAGUUCUCCAACGGACGUUACAAGCCUCCAACCUCCCGCACAUGCUCUUCUACGGUCCUCCAGGUACCGGAAAAACAUCAACAAUCCUUGCCCUUGCAAAGUCCCUAUUCGGCCCUGCUCUAUACCGUUCCCGUAUCCUCGAGUUGAACGCUUCCGAUGAGCGCGGUAUUGGCAUCGUACGUGAAAAGGUUAAAGGAUUUGCCAAAGUACAGCUCAGUCAGCCUACAGGCGUGGACAAAUCGUACUUCGAGCAAUACCCAUGCCCGCCGUUCAAGAUCAUCAUCCUCGAUGAAGCAGAUAGCAUGACUCAGGAUGCUCAGUCUGCUCUUCGUCGCACAAUGGAACAAUAUAGUAAAAUCACUCGUUUCUGUCUCGUUUGCAACUACGUCACCCGAAUUAUUGAACCACUGGCCAGUCGAUGCAGCAAGUUUCGUUUCAAACCACUGGAUAACUCGGCUGCGGGUGAAAGACUUGCACAUAUUGCGGAAUUGGAGAACUUGCAAUUGGAGAACGGAGUCAUUGAUAAAUUGAUUCAAUGCAGCGAUGGUGAUUUGCGACGCGCGAUUACAUACAUGCAAAGUGGAGCCAGGCUGGUAGGAGCUAAUGCAAACAGCGAUAAACAGGAUGGAAACGAAGAUGCUCAGAUGACGGAUGCUAGCUCACAGGUGAUUACUGUGAGGAUGGUGGAGGAGAUUGCUGGGGUGAUCCCAGAAAGUGUUCUGGACCAGUUGAUCCAGGCUAUGCAGCCUAAAAAAGUCGGUUCAUCCUACGAGGCUGUAUCCAAGGUUACUACGGAUAUUGUUGCGGAUGGGUGGAGCGCUACGCAGCUUCUUGCUCAGCUUUACCGACGAAUUAUUUACAAUGAUGCCAUUCCCGAUAUUCAAAAGAACAAGAUUGUCAUGGUCUUUUCCGAGAUGGAUAAACGCUUAGUGGACGGUGCAGAUGAGCAUCUGUCGAUUUUGGACGUGGCUGUGAAGAUCUCGGGUAUUUUGGGCGGUGCCUAG